GUUUGGUAUUAGUUAAUGCAGGUGACAGCAUUGCACUUUAUAUUCAAUCUGUUGCUGAUCCAUCUUAAAAAAUAAGUCAAGACAGCUUUAAGUCAAUCGUUUUCAUUAGCUCUACCAAUGAUUUAUAUUCAUCUGGAAUGCAGUUAAUGCUAGAUCCAACACUUGAUCAACAGCAGAGCGCUUCUGAUUGGUCUAAAGUUAAAUAUUGGCAGAGCAACUGGGUGAGGACUGCAACUGGUGUUUUCAGCAGUGGAAAUCUUCUAAAACUAGAUUCAGUCAUGGGUACAGUAACAGUUCAAGAGACAGGAAUUUAUUAUAUUUUUGUAAAUCUUGCUAUUGCUCCUGAUUUGAAUAAUUAUCAAAAAGCUGUUUUCACAACAUUAACGUCUGUCACAUCACUAAUAACAAGAUUUAGUGAUAAAGAUCAUCCUCAAUACACAAUGAAGAUUUACGGUGCUUUAUACCUGUAUAAAGGUCAGGAGCUAUCAAUUAGGGUUAAACCCUCAGCUUCAAAUGCACAAUGGGAAAAUAUCCGCUCUUACAGUGGCUGGUCAUUUUUCAGAAUACCACCUUAUUUGCCAAUUUCGUCUGUUGGAACAGGCAAACCUAUUGAUUUUCUUCCAUUUAUAAAACCUGGGUAUUAUACAAAACUAAGAAAUUGGAAUGUUAUAAUGUCUACUGUUCUUGGUGUUGAUGGAGAAGGUCUUAACCAAAGGGAUGGAGUAUAUACUGUUUUUUUAGAUGUAGUGUAUUUAAUAUCAAGUACUUUAGUUAUUAAAACAAACGAAAGUCAAGUUUGAAUUUUUUUUUUUAAUUAUUUUUAUUAUUUUGUUUAACAGAUUUCUGUUGAUGAAUCGAAAU